AUGUCACAGGACUGGCAGUCUGUUAGAAACGGACACGAGAUAUACAGCGAGAUAUUUGGCGUAGAACGUCCGCCACAGGACAGCAAAAGCCAUGCCAAUGCUCACAAUCAGCAAAUUGCAGUUCCCAACCGGUUCGAACACAUAGACCUGCUACAAGACGCCAUUAUUGGGGAUAUACAAGAUGACAUGGUCCCUAUGGAAGUGCAAAACUAUAUAUUGUCGAAUGAUGCAGAUAUGCGGUCUGUUUCAGAUACUCAAAGCUUGUCCAGCAAUGACGAUAGCGCGGGCUUAGUUCAGAGGCCGCAGGGUGCGGGAGCAAUGGUCGCUGAGCGCACAUUAGAAAAUUCGCAGGCCCAAACUCCCUUUUCUGCACAGGGGUUACCAUCAGCCCGCAAAGCGGCUCCUGAACACAAUCGGCGUGUCCCACCGCCGCCGUUGGAUACUAUGCCCUUGGGUCCGAAGCUGGCACCUCAUAAGUCUGUUGCAACAUCGCAGCCGGCUAGCUACUCUCCACAGAGGUUCCAAAGCGAUGCUCCGAAGCUCAAGUCUUCUCAUAGCCAGUUUGCUGUAGGCACCACACAAGACUACACAAAAAAACAUAUUUUAAACACCUACUCCGAACCGCAUGGUUCAGCUGCAGGUCAAAAAAAAUCUCCACUACAGAAUUUUGGAUUUUUCUCGAAACCGAGUUCGAAGGAGAGCAUUCCAGAUCUGCAUCAUGCCAAUUAUCCCGCCUCAGGUGGAGGUAAUGCUAACAGUCCUAGUUCGAGGUCUAUGUCUUUCACCUCAUCGUCCUUGAAGAACUUUGCAAAUUCUCUUCAACAAAAAACUUCCAAUGGUCGUACCGUGUCGCAAAAACAUUCAGCGUCCACUAAUCCAUUCUACGAGACUCAGUAUCAGAAUCAUUCGCAUCAUCCACACCACGCCACUAACUCUGGACAACUACCACUUGGAUUGGGCUUGAAGUCAAGAAACUCAUCAGCAUCACUUAAUAGCUCUCAAACAAACCCAAACACUAGGAAGUUGUCAUCCUCUUCUCUGCAUUUCCACCGACAAAGCAGCGCAUCUUUACACUCCAAGCCAAUUUUGAGCGCAACCUCCAUGAAGAGGCCUCAGGUUUAUCCCGCCAUGCUUUCCCGCGUUGCAACCCGAUUCAAAAAAUCUAUACAAUUAGGUGAGCACAAAAAGGAUGGCCUUCUCUACAGGGAUACAUUUACAGGCCAGCAAGCGGUUGAUAUCAUUUGCUCAAUUGUCAGAACAUCUGAUCGUAAUCUGGCCCUUCUUCUAGGUCGGGCCCUUGACGCUCAGAAACUAUUUCACGACGUGGUUUACGAACAUAGGCUGCGAGAUUCACCUAAUGAAGUUUACGAAUUUACUGGGAACUCCCGCAUAAUUGGUGGUGGAUCAACAGGCAUGGUUCCGGCAUCUCAAGACCCUUUAUUGAUGGGGUCACUCAAUUCUCACAUCUCGUCUCAUGCAUCCAAAUCUACCCUCGCAACAUCGGCAUCAACUAAUUCUGUUGCUAGUGAAGUUUUUGAAAAACAAAUAGAUCCUGCCAAAAUGCACCAGGUCAACGGUGUAUUUACCCUUCUUGCAGAGUGUUACGUGCCAACUUGCUCGCGAAACAGACUUUGUUAUUCCAUUUCGUGCCCUCGUCGCUUGGAGCAGCAAGCCCGAUUGAACCUCAAACCAAAUACUGGAUUAAAGCGUAAUAUUUCGAUGGCCGUGGAUGACGAAGAAGAGGAGAAACCUUCAUGGACAAGUUCCGUCCCAGAAGAAGUAUGGUCUUCACUUUCGAAAAAAGAAAUAAAAAGACAAGAAGCGAUUUAUGAAGUAUUUAUCACAGAGAAGAACUUCGUCAAGUCUCUGGAGGUCAUUAGAGACACAUUUAUGAAAUCGCUUGCUGAAACAAAUAUCAUUGCAUCCGACAUCAGGAAAAAUUUCCUUAAGCAUGUGUUCGCGCAUGUAAAUGAUAUCUAUUCAGUGAACAGACGCUUUCUGGAUAGCUUGAGUGAUCGACAAAAAUCUUCUACUAUAGCGGACGGCAUCGGUGACUUAUUCCUCAGAUUUAUACCAUUUUUUGAGCCCUUUGUGAUGUACGUUGCGUCGAGACCCUAUGCAAAGUACCUUAUAGAAACACAAAGGUCAGUCAACCCGUACUUUGCUAGAUUCGAUGAGGACUUGAUGAACUCAUCUUUAAGGCAUGGAAUAGAUUCUUUUCUGUCGCAAGGUGUGUCAAGACCGGGCCGCUAUAUCUUGCUGGUGCGAGAAAUCAUAAAAUCAUCCGACCCGGAAAAGAAUAAGAGAGAUUUAGAAAAUCUAAACAAGGCUUUGGAAGCACUUCGAGAAUUCAUGACAAGAAUCGACCGUGCUAGUGGAGCUUCGCAGGACAGGCAUGAUAUCGAGCUUUUGAAGCAAAAGAUUUUAUUCAAGAACGAGUAUGUCAAUUUGGGGCUCAACAAUGGCAAGAGAAAGAUCAAACACGAAGGAGUUCUUUCGAGGAAAGAGUUGACAAAAUCCGACAGUACUUUUGGUGGUGACAUUCAAUUUUAUCUUUUGGACAAUAUGCUUCUAUUUCUCAAGGCUAAAGCCGUUAAUAAGUGGCAGCAACAUAAGGUUUUCCAAAGACCAAUUCCGCUUCCUCUCUUAUUUGUUUGUGCAGCGGAGGACAUGCCCCCAAUCAGAAGAUAUGUGAAUCUGUCGCCUGAAAGCUCUGGGGUUGUUAUUCCUACCGACAGCCAUAACAGCAACCCAAGAAACGCAAUCACAUUCCUAUAUUAUGGGGCAAAACACAAGUAUCAAGUCACGCUGUAUGCAGCACAGUACGCAGCGAUGCAAACUCUUUCGGAAAAGAUCAAACAAGAGCAGGCUCUUCUACAGGCUUCGAAUGACAUAUUCAAUGUCACAAAAGUCAGUAGCAGAUUUUUCGAUUUCAGCAAUAAAAUCAACAGUGUCGCUUCGUGUGAUGGGGGGCGCAAACUUUUGAUCGCUACUAAUCUAGGGUUAUACGUCAGUGACACCAAGCGAGAGGUUUCUGCACAUGGACACGAGGCCACAACCUAUUUUGCAAGUCCUAUUCGUUUUCUUCACAGAAGCAUUACACAGGUAGCGGUGCUUGAAGAGUUUCAAUCGAUUCUGGUGCUGAUGGACAAGAAGCUGUAUAGCUGUCCGUUGGAUUUACUGAAGGAGCAGAAAGACGGCACGCAGUAUUUCAAGAAGCAUGCAAAGGAGCUUGUAAAUCAUGUCAAUUUCUUUUCUGAAGGCGACUGCGAUGGGAAACGGCUUGUGGUUACGGCACAUAGUUCAUCGCAUUCCAUCAAAUAUUUCGAGCACGACCAUCCCAUGCUGGCAGAGGGCAAGAAGAAUGUGAAGCGUAAAGUGCAUGAGAUUGUUUUUGAAUCUGAACCAGUUUCGAUUUCUUUCCUCAAGACCAAUUUGUGCAUCGGCUGCAAGAAAGGCUUCCAGAUUGUUUCCGUGUCGCAAAACGUACACGAACCUCUGUUGGAUCCCGCAGACACCUCUUUGGACUUUGCCUUCAAAGACGUGUUGAAACCGCUGUCCAUCUACCGUGUUGGCACGUCCAUGUUUCUCCUUUGCUACUCGGAAUUUGCAUUUUUCGUGAACAGUCAAGGCUGGCGCAAGAAGGAAUCUUACGUGAUCCACUGGGAGGGUGAACCACAGAAGUUCACCAUCUGGUAUCCCUACAUCUUGGCGUUUGACCCCAAUUUCAUCGAGAUUCGCAAGAUCGACACCGGUGAACUUGUGCGCUGCGUCCUAGGAGACAAAAUACGUUUGUUGCAGGCCACAUCUCAGCAGAUUCUAUACGCUUACGAGGAUGAAAACGGCUACGAUACAGUGGUGUCCCUUGACUUCUGGAGCAAAUGA